AUGGUUUUCGACGACAAAUUCAUCGGUAGACACCAAUGGGAAAACAUUGAACAGGCUGCCAUGCCUAAGGACAUCCCAGAUGUUGAUGAAGUGGGUGCUACCUCUGCUCCAUUAUUAUCUGCUUCUUACUUUAUCGGAGCCAAGUGUAAGCCAUACAACGACGACUUCAUGUUGUGUAAGGAAGAAAACAACGGCGGUGCCAUCGACUGUCUCAAGGAAGGUAGAAGAGUCACCAGAUGUGCUGUGGAUGUCUUGAAACAAUUGAACAAACAUUGUUUUGAAGAAUUCAAGUUACACUAUUCUUGUUUGGAACAAGAAAACCACCGGUUGGGAAAUUGUAGAAAGGCGGAACAAAUCUUCAACAAGUGUGUGUUUACGCAUUUAAACUUGGCUAAGCAAAUUCCAGGCAUUCCAGAAGCUCAACAAAUUCACUUGAAGGAAAGCAAGAUCUUCCAUGGUAAUGGAAAGGAUGCCACUUUGGUCAAGGAAUUUUUGGCCAAGCAAGGUGCCGCUAAGGAAUAA